AUGAGCCGACAAGGCUACCACAACUACGACGAUGAGGAGAAUGAAUCUUGGUGGAUACCUCCGAAGCGCGCAUACAGGUCGUUCGGACCAUUCCGCGUCGUCUCCACGCUGAUGGUGGCCGUCGCUAUUGCCCUCAUCGCCUUCGGCCUCGCGUGUGCCGUGAUGUUCGUAGCCGAAGUUGCGGAAGAGCACCCGUCGCGCGCCAAGUGGACUCUUCGUGCGCUCAUUUUCUUCAACGUUAUCGUGCACGUGUCUAUUUUUAUUGUGGAUCAGAUGAGUUGGUGGCGCUCGUUGCUGAGCCUCUUCGUGAAUGUGCUUUACCUGCGGGUCAUGCGCACCUUCCCUUUUGUGUCGGGCGUGAACAACCUGCUCGUGCUGGGGACGAUUCUGGCGGUAUUGGUGGAGAGCGCCAUGUGGUACUGGUAUGUGCUACGACUUAUGUAUUAUACGUCCGCGCUGCUGAUUAUGGGCUUCUUCCUCCUAUUGUGGCUCGUUCCAAUCGGGCUGCUGUCGUCGUGUGUUAUGGAGGAUGAUCGGCUGCCGGGCGGCGUUGGCGCGGGGGGGAUGUACAGUAGUGGUCUCAGCGCCCCAUCCGUCGGCGACUCACCCGCGGCGAACCCAAUGGCGGGUGGGCGUCGGAGACGCACCGUCCUCCAUCGCCUAGCAGACUUGGUUAGCAACACCUAA